AUGAACAAUAUAAAGGUGGGCUACAUCGGACUUGGCCUUAUGGGGAAGUCCAUCGCGCGUAAUAUCCUCCUCGCGGGCUUCCCUCUCUACGUGUGGAAUCGCACGCCGGAGAAGGCCGAGGAGCUGGUUGGACUGGGGGCCAUGCCCUGUCAAACCCCUGCGGAGCUCGCGGCGGCCGUUGACGUCGUCUUCACGAAUCUGCCGGACGCGCCGGAAGUGAUGGAAGUCGUGUUUGGCGCGGACGGUGUCGCGCAGGGGAUUCGCGAGGGGUGCGUCUUCGUGGACAACAGCACGAUCCGAGCCUCCGCGUCGAAGGAGAUCGCGGAGCGGCUAUGGCAAACCCGCCAGGUGUUGGCCUUGGACGCGCCCGUCUCGGGGGGUGACCUCGGCGCCCGGCAGGCAACCCUCUCCAUCAUGGUCGGAGGGAAUGAAGAGGCUCUGAAUAAGGUGAGGCCGGUGUUGUUGGCCACAGGGAAAAAGAUCACGCACAUCGGCGAGAGUGGCGCAGGGCAGCUCUGCAAGGCCGCGAAUCAAAUCAUGGUCGCAGCACAGAUGGUAGCUAUGGGGGAAAUAUUAGUGUUAGCUGAAAAAUCUGGGGUUUCUGGUGAUGUCAUCGUGGAGGCAAUUAAAGGUGGCGCCGCGCAGUGCUGGACACUCGAUGUCAAACCAGAUCGGCUCUUCGCUGGAAAUCGCGAGCCAGGUUUUAAGGCCAGCCUGCAACUUAAAGAUAUGCAUAUUGUAAUGCAGUCCGCGAAAGAAUACGGAGCGCCGCUGCCAAGUGCUGCUAUUCAUACGCAGCUCUAUGAAUCGAUGGUGCAGUGCGGUGAGGGAGACUUGGAUAACUCAGCGGUGGUUGGAGUUCUUGAACGAAUGGCAAAUGUAAAGAUAAGUGAGCCAAAGAAAAAGUAG